UUCCUACCUACUCCAUUUUAUUUCACGAUUUCACGUGGAGUUUGUUCAUUUAGCUGAUUGUUCGUUGUGGUUUUCUGAAGUGUUUUAUUUUAUUUAAACAAAUUAUAUUAACUAAUAGAGUAGUAAUAAGAUAUUAAUUACGGAAACAAUGGUUGACCGAAUUGAUAUGGCUUUGGACGAUAUUAUUAGAGCAAGUAAAAAAGGAAGAGGCGGAGGAGCUGGCCGUAAGUUUGAAACUAGAAAACCAGGACGAGGCGGAGGUGGCGGUGGUGGAUUACGGAAUGGUCGCACUAGCGGUGUGAUACGUGGAAGAAACCGCGGUGGAGUUUCUAAGCCAACUAAUUAUACCAGGGACGACCUAUUUCAGGGUGAUGUUAACAGCACUUGGAAACAUGACAUGUUCAAUGAAUUCACCGACCGCAAGAUUCAAAGAGGAGGAGGAGCACUUUCUACUGGACCAACAAAACUCUUAGUGUCCAAUCUGGACUUUGGAGUCUCUGACUCUGACAUUCAAGAGUUAUUUUCAGAAUUUGGUAUUCUGAAAAGUGCUGCUGUACAUUAUGAUAGAUCUGGGAGGUCUUUAGGGACUGCUGAUGUAGUAUUUGAGAGAAGAGCUGAUGCUUUGAAGGCAAUGAAACAAUAUAAUGGAGUUCCAUUAGAUGGCCGAGCAAUGAACAUUCAAUUGGCUACAUCAGAAAUCAGUUCAUUAAGAAGUCAAGAUAGAGGAGGUCGACUUGGCAGCAUUGGUGCUGGAGGCAGAGGUCCAAAUAGAAGAAAUUCAAAUAGAAAUAAUGCACCAAUUAGAAAUCAAAGUGGUGGUAGUGGAGGUGGUGGUGGUCGUGGUGGCGCAAGACGGGGACGUGGUGGCGCAGGUAGAGGCAAGCGUCCUGUGCCUACUGCUGAACAACUGGAUGCUGAACUUGAUGCCUAUGUCAAAGAAAUAAAGUGAAAUUCUUAAUUACUGUGCAGUGUUUGGGACUGAUAGUUUACUUUUAACUUAGAAUUAAAAAUAGGAUGUAAUGUUUAUUAAAACUAAUUAAUUGGUUUAUACUAUUUCAUUUAAGUAUGACUACAGUGUAUAUUGUGCUAAGUACAGUUGGACCGUAUUUUUUUAAUAAAAAAAGCUAUUUCAUAAUUAUGUAAUCUAAUUUCAUUGGUAUCAUAAAUUGUUGAA